GGGCGACAGAGCGGCGCGCGAGGCAGCACCGAGCAGCGCCCGCGCUGCUGUCAUGCCUGCAACGUGGAGCCCCACGCGUGUGCGUGCUCUCCCCGCAGCAUGAGCGCUACAUAAUCUGCUCCUCUCUGCCAUGCGCCCCCUCUCUCCCCACAUCCAUCAAGCACAAGCCAUGUCCACCUCGCAACUGCUGCCCGCACAGACGCCCGCGUCGUGGAAGGCGGCCGUCGUGUACCAGAUCUACCCUCAGUCCUUCUGCGACUCUGACGGUGACGGCAUCGGCGAUCUGGCAGGCAUCCUCUCCAAGCUCGACUACAUCGAGCGCCUCGGCGCCGACGUCGUGUGGCUCUGCCCGCAUCUGGCCUCGCCUGGCGUUGACAAUGGGUAUGACGUCUCGGACUACGAGGCCAUCGAUCCCAAGUUCGGCAACAUGCAGACGAAUCAGCUGCUCAUCGACGGGCUGCACAAGCGCGGCAUGAAGAUGAUGAUGGACCUAGUCGUCAACCACACAUCGGACAAGCACACCUGGUUCCAGGACUCGCGCCAGCGCCGGGGCGCUCGCGCAGACUGGUACAUCUGGCGCGACGCCAAGCGCUCUGCAGACGGACAGCGUGUCGAGCCUAAUAACUGGGCUUCGAUCUGGGGCGGCUCGGCGUGGACGUGGGAUGCGACGCGAGAGCAGUACUACUUGCAUCUGUUCUCGCCUCAACAGCCCGACCUGAACUGGGACUGCGCGGCGCUAAGGCAAGAAAUCUACGCCAUGGUGCGCCGCUGGCACGCUCGCGGCGUUGAUGGCUGGCGUCUGGACGCUAUCAACUUCAUCUCCAAGCCGCAAGACCUCUCCAAUGCCGCCCUUGACCUGCCCGAUGCGCCAGUCACGCAGCCGGAGCAGCGCUACCAGCCCGCCUUCGAGCUCUUCAGCCAUGGGCCGCGCAUCCAUGCGUACCUCAAGGAGCUGUAUAGAGAGGCGCUCGGGCCGGACGUCAUGACGGUCGGCGAGGCGGCCGGCACGACGCCCGAGCAGUCGGUUGCGUAUACCGAGUGGGAGACGCGCGAGGACAAGGAGCUGCAGAUGGUCUUCUCCACCGAGCACGUCGACCUCUACGGCGGCUUCUCGCUCGCGCCCGUCGCGCCGCUGCGGCACGGCGAGAUGCGCGCCGUGCUGGCGCGCUGGCAGACGGAGCUGCUGCCGCGCGGCAGCUGGCAGUCGAGCUUCAUGAGCAACCACGACCUGCCGCGUGCGGUGCCCAACUUUCUGCGCGCAGAGGCGCCGCAGCAUCGCUGGCGCGCCGCAAAGCUGCUGGCGCUGCAUCAGGCGAGCCAGUGCGGCACGCUGUUCGUGUAUCAGGGAGAGGAGCUGGGCAUGAUCAACCUGCCGCACGACUGGGGCAUCGAGGACUAUCCCGAUCUCGUGUCGCAGAAGUUCUACCACGAGACGCUGCAGGCGCGGCAGGCGGCGGGCGAUGCGGAGCCGGACAUGAGUGAUGUGAUGGCUGCCAUCCGGCGGAAAGCACGGGACAACUCUCGCUCGCCCAUGCCCUUCAACGGCUCUGCCUCUGCAGGCUUCUCGAGCGGCAAGCCGUGGAUGCGCGUGAACCCAGACAACGUCGUCUGCAACGUCGAGGAUCAAGAACAGGACGCAGACUCGGUGCUGGCCUUUUGGCGCGCCGCACUGGCGCUGCGCAGGGCACACGACGUGCUCGUGUACGGCAUCUUCGAGCUGCUGCUCGCGCCGACGCUGGGCGCGCAAGACGUGGUGGUGUACGCGCGCACGCUGGGCGAGAAGCGCGCCGUGUAUGUGGCCAGCCUGGGCUUUGAAGAGGUCGAGGUGGACCUGACCAAGGCGGGCCUGACGGAGGAGAUGCAGCCUGCACUGGCGGUCGGCAGCGAGAGGAGCAUGCACGUGCUGCAGGGCCUCGAGGCGCGCCUGUAUGUGCUGUGACUGGGGCAAUGCAUCGUAUGAUGGACUGGGCGGCGUGCGAAGGUGUGGCCACGCGUCGAUGCGUGGCUGUGCGCGAGAGUGUGAGGGGCAAUGCAUUGUGAGGCACAGAGCACCUCGGCCCAGAUCGCGAUUUAUGCUGCACAGUUGAGGUGAGCAGGGCACGGGUCAAGAGGGAGGUAGCGAGCG